GGCUCGCGGGCAGGCGCCGGCCUUGAUUGGUCGGCGCGGGGCUGAGAGGCCGGCGUGCGAAGCGUGCGUGUCUCCUCGGUCAGCGCCGCCGGCGAGGGAAGGAGCCGUCCCCGCUUCCGCCGCCAUGGCUGCCUCCUCGUCGUGGGUGCCGAAGGUCUUUCGUUUACUAGGGGGGUUCAAAAGCCAAAAACAGGUGACCAGACGUUUUGGUAGUACUACACAGACAGUGACUUUGAUCCCAGGAGAUGGCAUUGGACCCGAAAUAUCCGCUGCUGUCAUGAAGAUCUUUGAAGCAGCUAAGGCUCCUGUUCAGUUUGAAGAGAGAAACGUGACGGCGAUUCAAGGGCCAGGAGGGAAAUGGACAAUCCCGCAAGACGCCAAAGAGUCCAUGGACAAGAACAAGAUAGGGCUGAAAGGCCCUCUGAAGACUCCCAUCGCUGCUGGCCACCCGUCCAUGAACCUGCUGCUCCGUAAGACAUUUGACCUUUAUGCCAACGUCCGUCCCUGCGUAUCGAUCGAAGGCUACAAGACCCCUUACACAGAUGUCGACAUCGUCACAAUACGAGAGAACACGGAAGGCGAAUAUAGCGGCAUUGAGCAUGUGAUUGUUGAUGGCGUUGUACAGAGUAUCAAACUCAUUACAGAAGAAGCAAGCAAGCGUAUUGCUGACUUUGCGUUUGAGUAUGCCAGAAACAAUCAGAGAAGCAAAGUUACGGCUGUGCACAAAGCAAACAUUAUGCGAAUGUCUGACGGGCUGUUCCUGAAAAAAUGCAGGGACGCAGCAGAAAACUGCAGAGACAUUAAGUUUAAUGAAAUGUAUCUUGACACUGUGUGUCUGAAUAUGGUGCAGGAUCCGUCUAAGUUUGAUGUCCUUGUUAUGCCAAACUUAUAUGGUGACAUCCUUAGUGAUCUGUGUGCAGGAUUAAUUGGGGGUCUUGGAGUAACACCAAGUGGAAACAUUGGUGCUCAUGGCGUUGCCAUCUUUGAAUCGGUUCAUGGAACGGCUCCAGACAUUGCCGGGAAGGACUUGGCCAACCCAACUGCGCUUCUCUUGAGUGCGGUGAUGAUGCUGCGUCACAUGGGACUGAACGAAUUCGCCACGAGAAUAGAAGCAGCCUGCUUCGACACAAUCAAAGAUGGGAAAGUCUUGACCAAAGAUUUGGGAGGUAAUGCCAAGUGUUCAGAAUUCACAGCAGAGAUCUGUCGCAGAGUGGUGGGCUAGAGUCUCAUCCUUUCUUGCCGGUUUCGAGUCUCUCCUGAUGGAUACGGUUACUAAAACACAUUAGCUGUCUGCAAUUCAUAUACAUCUUGUUUGCCUUUCCUCACGAGGAAAGGCAAACUUUUUAGAUGGGGCCUCUUUGUUUAAAUAAAUUCAGCCCAAAUGGGUGCUGCUAUUCUUGUGCCUGCUUUUGAUGGACUUUUUCCAAGUGCUUUUCUUUAUUAUAUGUCGGAACAUUUUUGUAGAAAUAAAUUCCUUUCUUGGUAUUGCAUGUACAAUGGUCAACCAUCUUCCAUUGUGAGUCCUCUUACUUUACAGAAACACUUGACGUUAGUUGCCAGAUAAAUGAAAGUGUGAUUAUGCCGGUAACUUUAAAAGAGGCUUGAUCUGUUUUAGCAGACUUUAUGGAAUGCAAUAAGCUUCUAAGGUCUUAAAAUAGCACAAGAUUUUUUCCCCUAAAGCAAAAGACCUAAUUAAGCUGACAAGAAAAGUCCCAAUAAAGAGGUACUUUCCAUUUGCCAUUGGCACCUGAAACCUGUCCUUCAAAAGCAUGAAUAAAGACCUGCAACUGUAGAAACGCGGAACCAGUUUCAAAAUAUUUAAAAUAUAUAUCAGAUCCCAGGUAUUUAACCUUAGCAGGGACUGAGGGAGUAUGGUUGAAAAUCAAACUGUGUUUGUGACUCAUUCUCCAAAUAGGCAUCUGAGUUUCUCCACACAUCACUUAUUAUGUUAGUAUUUUUUCUAGUGGAGAUUAGUUAUCCAAAUUGAUUUUGUCUGCUGCAGAGUGUGAAGGGAAUGCUAGGUGCUUUUCUGUCUAGAUGGAUACCAAAUAAUUUGUUGUUACUGCUGUAUCGGAAGGCCUUUUGUAUUGUAUUCCAGAUUCGUAUCGGUUUAUAUUGGGGUCCCCAGAUGUUGUUGGACUACAACCUGCCUCUUCCCCAGCCACAUUGUGGGAAGAGGGGAAUUGUAGUCCGACAACAUCUGGAGACCCAAGGUUGAGAAUCCCUAGCUUUACUUGGAAAUUGGUUGUUCUGUAAUGAAUGGAUUUCAUACCACUGAAAUGAGAGUCCGUACGAUCUGUCCAGACUGGAACAAGAUGUAACAGGGAGACAUCCCAAAGGCAGAUCUAUAUCUCUUCUCAUCUCCCCCGAUGUACCAUCUGGUGAUACAAAAUACAGCUCCUGUAGUGAGACUGAGAGCAGGAAAACGUGCAACAUGUUGAUGCUGCAGCUCGUGUCUUGUCUUGCUAGGGGAAAUACAAGGCUGCUGUUCAUCAGCUCUGCGUCUUCCACCACAUCCAAUGCCAUCCCUACUAAGAGAUGGAAGUAUUUGGGGCGGUGGUGCCUGGAAGGCGUUGAAGCUGCAAUUCUUUCCUUUCAUAUUACAUGGCGGGCACCCAUGGCACAGUCCUCUGAAUGUCUUGGAACAACUCCAUGCCUGAUCCAGCCCCUUUCCAAGGGCUGUUCUGAGAAAUAGGAUCGAGCCUGCCAGGUACCCAUUCCCUGUUUGCUUGUUUUCUCACAUGCACUGGAUGCAAACCAUGUAGGACUGCAUUUUUUGCCUUGCUACAGUUUCUAGGUCAGUGGCUGGCCAGUAGUCAUGGGGUGGUUCCUUUUGAGGGGUUUGUGUCUCUGCAUUUUGCUUCUGCACUGGGAAGCAUUCGCUACCUUAAGGUAACUGGCACUCUUGUGCUGUCCAUAAGAAUAGGGGAACAGGACUUAUCUGAACAUGUAUAUUUUCUGCUGCUGCUUCUGUCUUUUGGAUUGUGCUCAGUGGCUGGAGUUAUCAUUGCGCACAAAGUGAGGAGAAAUAAAGACCUCCCAAAGAUG